AUGAUCGGAGACAAGUCGGACCACUCGGAACGUGAGGAGAAUGGCGAGAGCGUCCACGAUGGAGACGACAAGAGAUCCUUUGAUGCUGCUGAAGACGAGCAAAGGCCUCGUACUCCACCGCCGGCCUACCGACAUCUAGAGCGCGCGCCAUCUUACGCUACGCAAGACACGACGGCAGAUCAGACCUUUAAGCGUGAAGAGGUGACCAGCUCGCAAUCGACCUCGGCCGGCUUUGCGUCCGCAGCCAGGAUUAAUGCUGUAAUGGGCCCUCCUCCGCCAAAGGAGGAGAAGAAGACCAGCCGAUGGAAGCGCUGGCAGCAAGACAGACAGGAAAUGCGAGAGCUCGGUGCGCCAAAACACGACAGCGAUAAGACCUGGAAAUGUCGCGGCGAUACUGGCUGA